CGAAGUGAGAGCGAAGAUAAAUAAAUUUUUUGACAAAACGCGUCUCUUCUUCGUUCGAAAAAUAGCAGCAGGAAAGAAGGGUAGAAGAAAAAGUGAAUUUAAUCAGUUUUUUCGCCGAUAUAAUUUGCAGGCUUUAUUCGCAAAUUGGUCAUAUAUUUCAGUAUAAUAAUUGACAAUAUUUUUCUUGACGGGAAGAAUGGUGCAUCUUAUAACGUGGAUGGUGUUUUUGAAUCGCAGUGCGAUGUGAAAAACAAGCAAAUCAGAAUCGGAUCAAACUCUCCUGACGACCAGGCAAGGACGCAAGGAGGCAAAUUAUUAGAGUGGCAAGAAAUCGAUUCCUAUGAGUGAAUGAGCAAAAAAGAAAUGGUAUCGGUUGAAAUUUGCUAGAAGAGUUAGAACUGCAGUGUUUUUAUCGGCUUAGUCGUCGAGAAGUGCCCUGUUUAGCAUUAGGCUUGAGUAACUAUCGAUUGGAAAUAAGUGGACCAAUUCAGAUGGUAUUUUGUGAUGUCCACAUCUGGAAGUUCAUCACCAGGCAGUAACAGCAACAAUAUUACCAGUAGCAGCGGAAUCAACAGUUUAGAAAUAAGCACCGAGCGGCGAGCUAACAACAGCACGUCCGGUUCUGGAAGGACUCCCCGUAAAUUGGCUGCCAAUAGUGCAGCGGGGAGUAACGGGACAUCCUCCAGCAGUAGUUCAUGUGUUUGGUGUGGGGAGAACAAAUCUCCCCUGAAGUACGUCCUCCCAACCCAGAACGGGAAGAAAGAGUUUUGUUCGGAAACGUGCAUUCUCGAGUUCCGGAAGGCAUACAGCAAGGGCGCCUGUGUCCAGUGCGAUAAUGUGAUACGAGCCAACGCACCGAAACCUAAUUACUGUUCGACGUUCUGCAUGAAGAAACAUCAGAAAAAGUCGCUGGCCGGCGGAACAUCCGCGGCGCAGCCCUCCGAUGGGUUAGUCCCGUCAACAACUUCCGGUUCGUCGGCUGGCACGAAGAUAAACGGCAACAACAAUAAUAACAACAGUAGCAAUAGUAACAACAACAACAGUAACACCGGUCGGAGAAGCAAUGGCAACAAUUCACCUGGUCGGGAACCGACUGCCAGCAGAAUAAGCCCGGUAACAACAACUUCAACCGGACCAUUCCAGUAUGAAAGUUUCCAUGUAUUUGACUGGACUGAGUACCUGCGUGAGUCCGGAAGUGUGCCCGCGCCUGCCGAAUGUUUCAAACAGGCCGUUGGUCCACCGAAAAACGAGUUUAAAAUCGGUAUGAAGCUAGAAGCACUAGACCCACGUAAUGUGACCUCUACCUGCAUCGCCAGUGUUGUGGGAGUGCUCGGUUCUCGACUUCGGCUUCGGUUGGAUGGCAGUGACAACAAAAACGAUUUCUGGCGGCUUGUCGAUUCGAAUGAAAUCCAUCCUAUUGGUCACUGUGAGCAGACAGGGGAGAUGCUGCAACCACCGCUCGGUUUCCGCAUGAAUGCCAGCAGUUGGCCAACGUUUCUGUUGAAGACUUUGAACGGAGCACCGAUGGCGCCAUCCCAUAUCUUCAUGCCGGAACCACCCACGCCCAAGUGCAAUUUGUUUCAAGUUGGUCAGAAGUUGGAAGCUGUCGACAAAAAGAACCCGCAAUUGAUUUGCUGUGCAACAGUUGACGCGGUGAAGGAAGAUCAGAUCCACGUAACGUUCGAUGGUUGGCGAGGGGCUUUCGAUUAUUGGUGCCGUUAUGAUUCCCGAGAUAUAUUUCCGGUCGGUUGGUGUGCAAAAAGUUGUCAUCCAAUGCAACCACCAGGUCAGAAGAACAAAAUGGAUGGAAGUAAUGCACGUUCUAAAGGAACUCGAUCGUCAUUUGCUAUGAUAUCCGAACCGGAUUCUAUGAUGCCAACCACUCCGGUUACGGCUCAUUUCCAUAGCAGAUGCAAGGGUGGUCCAUUCAUCAAUAGCUCCAAGCUACCUUCUAUGGUGACGGCUCCAAAUCAUCAAACACUGGCAAAGUUGUGCCUCCAAGAGGUGCUAGCGGCCUCCAAGGAUCAUUCACAGCUAUCACCGCUGUUGUUUGGCCUCGAAGGAGAUGUGCACAUUGUUACAGCAGCUGGGAAGAAUUUCACUGUCAAAAUUCCUUCCUGCAUCCGACAAAAAGGAAACACUGCACUGUCGGAAUUUCUGGAAACCUUGUGCACGGCAUGCAGAUCAUGCAGGCAUUUAAUCACCCUGGAGCCUGGUCCGGAGCAGUGUGACGCAUGCAUGGUGCAAUCUCCACCACUCAAACGACCGAUCAAAACGGAACCGAAUGUGCGGUCGGCUAGUCCGCCACCAACGGCGGCGUCCUCCCCGAAAGCAGCAUCCAUAAAGCGCGAAUCGCAGAACGAGAACCCCCGAAGCCCGUCGCCGAAACGCAAAGCAGUUGAACGAGAAACAGCAACAUCAACGACCAACAACGAGCCAAGCUCGUCAUCUCCUGCCACUAACCUGAUGGCAGUCAGUGUCGCUGCCGUUCAUCCGACACCAUCAUCGACGGUGGUAGUUCCACCACCUUCAUCGAGCACGCUCAACGUCCCUAGCACUACCGUGAAGGGUGAGUCACAAAGUCCGGUUGCCGCAGCUGUAACGGCUGCUGCAGCUGCAAUUGCUAGCUCAUCAGCUACAAUGUCAGCUACGACAGCCUCACCAGCACAAGCCACAACACCCGCUAUACAUUCGACCCCCACGGCCAAUGUGCUACCCGCACCCGCAGCGAACACAAUUGUGCCGACCGUCCCAGUGCAACCCAGCAGUCCACUUGCCGUUCCUGUACAACCAUGUCCGUCGUCGUCUGCUGUAGCGCCUACAGUUGCUCCGUUGGACGUAACACAAGUGCCGAUCGCCACAACGGCACCGGUUGCACGGCCACAAAUGCCCCGUGGUCAGCCCAGUGAUUGGACGAUCGAAGAUGUGAUACAAUUCAUUGCCGUGCAGGACCCGGCACUGGCGGUUCACGCAGAAUUGUUCAGAGAUCACGAAAUCGAUGGUAAAGCACUGCUGCUGCUCAACAGCGAUAUGCUAAUGAAGUACAUGGGUCUGAAGCUAGGACCUACAGUGAAGAUCUGCAAUUUGGUCAAACGAGUUCAAGGACGUCGGUACAACCUAUAGUCGAGUUAAAAUUCGUUUAUUAUGGUUCAAAUUAACCACACGCUCCUCAUUUCCUUACACACUUGACACUCCAAUCCGAUUUCCCUUAAAUUUGGAAACAGUUUUAUUUUCAAUGACCACUCGGAAAUUUGUUGUUCUACUAAUCCCAAUAAUGAAUUACAUCUACAAUGUGUGUAAGCGAGGAAAGCAAUUGAAAUUUAUUUAUGUUUUUAUGAUGUAUUUGAAUGAUGAAAGCAACGAUUGCGAUAACUGAUACAAGUUUUGAAAUUGAAAAGUUGAUUUAGUGAUAGAAGCCGAUAGUGUAUAGGUAGAUUUACCUCUGAAAGUCACAUUCAGUGGCUUUCAGUUGGCAACAGUGAAAACCUUAUUCCGUGGGAAUACUGAUUAAAAUAGGUGAAAAAAGUAAGCUUGUAGUUAUGUUCUGUUAAAAAAAAAAGAAUUAUUUACAUUCUAUAAAAUGUAUGUAAAAUAAAUUUGGCUCAUUCUCAAUGAUUCAGGUGUAAUUAUAUUAUUGUUUUAAUUAGGUUACAUACAAGUGAUGUACAGCAGAAACAGAAGUCAACAGUAUGGCAUAGCAUCUUUACAGCAAACAUUUUCGUAUUCAAUGGAACAUACUAAAAUCAAUGGUUAAUUCUAUAGAAACACAACGAUGCACGACCUUUAUUGGAAAAUAAAACUUACAGUACUAAUCAAACAGCAGAAAAUAGUAUACGCAAAUAUCUAUAACUUAGAAAUUUUCGUAACACAGCAAAAUAACUCCCAGGAAAACAGACUAGAGAAAUAUUGACAUUGAUAUUGAUACCAGUUGUUGAGUUUUAUGUCAAAAAAUUUGUUUUUGCACCUUCCGUAAACAAUAAUUACAACUAAGUAAGCAGAUAUUAAAUUUUCUAUCAAAAUGCAAUAAACCAGUUAUCUCACACAAUAGGUUAGCUAAGUGCAACGGCCAUAGAUAAUACGCUUCACUUGCAAUCGUCUCACAUGUGACAUAGUACGCGUUUUAAUUUUCAGUUCGACCAGUUUUUGGGAUGUAAAAUAUGGCACCAGUGUAUUACUUCCAACGAUCGUUAGGACAACCGAUUUCGAUUUCGAUACCUUGGGCAGGCACACUCAUCUUUCAUACACUUAAAUUUAGUAAUUAUAUUUUUCAUACACCUGAUAAACAAAACUAAGCGAAUCACAAAUAAACACAAUGGCUAGAUGUACAGAUAUUGUAUCAAAGUGUAGGUCAGCUAAACGAAUGGUAAAUAUUAUAUUCUUACGAGAAACGAUUCAAAUCAAAAUAGAUCACCAAAUCAGUAACGGAACUGCUCAAAACUAACAUCUACGAUCCCAGAUGGGGACCCACUCCGGCAGUAGCAUCCGUUUCGGCAUUGCAGCACGAUGUUCAUCGCAUGUGUGUGAAUUUGUAAAAAAUAUUGAAAUAAAAAAUGAUAUCAGAGAUGUUUUCGUGAUGACUGUAAAGCAAA